UAACCCUGCGUUGUUGGCUUCCUUGGACCGAAUCAGUGGAAAAGUGUUGAGUGUUUCUUACUCAGCGGCUCCGUGGAAGGAUUUUACUCUUAUUUCGCAAAAAUGAAAGUGUCACUCGUGCUGUUGUUUUCAGGGUUUUUGGUCUGUGCACUUUCCCCUCCGACGAAAUGUGCAGAGCAGCGCGUCCCCGAGGAUAAACUCCUUGUUGUGACUGUUGCAACCAAAGAAACUGAUGGCUUCAGGCGCUUUUUGAGGUCAGCUAAACACUUCAACUACACUGUCAAGGUCCUUGGUCAGGGUGAGAAAUGGACAGGAGGAGACUACAUGUCAGCACCAGGAGGAGGCCAGAAGGUGCGACUCCUUAAAGAAGCUCUGGAGGAGAUGAAGGAUGAAGACAAAAUAAUCCUUUUUAUUGACAGCUUUGAUUUGGUGUUUACCUCCGGUCCCAAAGAACUGCUCAAGAAGUUCCAGCAGGCUAGACACAAGGUGGUGUUUUCCUCUGAGAGCCUGAUCUGGCCUGACAGACACCUGGAGGACAAACACCCCCAUGUCAGGGAGGGCAGCAGGUUCCUGGGCUCUGGAGCUUUCAUUGGCUACCUUCCCAACAUCAAAGAAAUGGUUGCUGACUGGACAGGAGAAGACAAAGACAGUGACCAGCUGUUCUUCACCAAGAUUUAUAUCAAUCCAGACAAAAGAAAAUCCAUAAAUAUCACAUUGGACAACAAAUGCAGAAUGUUCCAGAACCUUCAUGGAGCACUUGAUGAGGUGUUGUUGAAGUUUGAAGAUGGACGGGUACGAGUCAGAAAUGUGUUGUAUGAUACUCUUCCUGUCAUCGUCCAUGGGAACGGACCAACCAAGCUCCAGAUCAACUACCUGGGCAACUACAUCCCCAAUGCAUGGACAUUUGAGAGUGGAUGCACAGUGUGUCAUGAGGAUCUAUACUCACUCACAGCUCUUAAGGAGAGUGAGUACCCAUUGGUAAUGAUUGGCGUCUUCAUUCAGCAGCCCACUCCUUUUGUCACAGUGUUUUUUGAACGCCUGCUGAAGCUCCAGUAUCCCAAGAAGAAGCUCAAACUCUUCAUUUACAACCAGGAAGCUCAUCAUGAGCGUCAGGUCAGCUCUUUCCUGCAGAAUCAUGGAAGUCUUUAUCAGAAUGUCAAGUUCAUCGGGCCUGAAGAGGGGAUGGAUGAAGCUGCGGUCCGCAACCUGGGCUUUGAUAUGUGUCGGAAGGACAAGGACUGUGACUAUUUCUUCAGUGUGGACGUAGAAGUGGUCUUAAAAAAUGAGAACACACUCAAAAUUCUCAUUGAACAAAACCUUCCUGUUGUGGCACCAAUGAUAACUCGGACUGGCAGACUGUGGAGCAACUUUUGGGGAGCCCUCAGUGCAGAAGGCUACUAUGCUAGGUCUGAGGACUAUGUGGACAUUGUUCAAGGACGCAGGCUGGGUUUGUGGAAUGUCCCAUAUGUGUCCAGUGUGUACCUGAUGAAGGCCAGCCUCCUUCGAUCAGAGCUCACAGACUACAAAUUGUUUAACUCGCAUAUCCUAGACCCUGACAUGGCUUACUGCCACAACAUUCGCAACAAGGGAAUCUUCAUGUUUGUAACCAACAUGCACACUUUCGGUCGCAUCCUAUCAACAGAAAAGUAUGAGACCAGUCAUCUUCAUAAUGAUCUGUGGCAGAUCUUUGAAAACCCAUUGGACUGGCAGGAGCGCUACAUUCAUGAGAACUACACUCACAUGAUCAAAGAUAAACUGAUUGAAACUCCUUGUCCUGAUGUGUACUGGUUCCCAGUGUUCAAUGAUGUUGCUUGUGACCACCUUGUUGAAGAAAUGGAACAUUUUGGGAAGUGGUCAGGAGGAGGCAAUGUGGACACUAGAAUCCAAGGUGGAUAUGAGAAUGUCCCUACCAUUGAUAUCCACAUGAAUCAAAUCAACUAUGAAAAGAACUGGCAACAAUUUUUAGUGGAGUACAUAGCACCGAUAACAGAGAAAAUGUUUCCUGGUUACUACACCAAGGCUCAUUUUGACUUGGCCUUUGUAGUUAGGUAUAAGCCAGAUGAGCAGCCAUCUUUGAAGCCACACCAUGACGCCUCCACAUUCACUAUAAACCUUGCACUUAAUCAAGUGGGCCUUGAUUACCAGGGUGGUGGAUGCAGAUUCCUCCGCUACAACUGCUCCAUUAAUGCUCCUCGUAAAGGCUGGGCCCUGAUGCACCCGGGCCGCCUCACCCACUACCACGAAGGCCUGCCCACCACGGCUGGUGUCCGCUACAUUGCAGUAUCGUUUGUGGAUCCCUGAGCUCCCUGGUGAAGGUACACAUCCCACCAUAUAAUCCAGACCAAACAGGACACAUACUGGCAGCAUCCUUCAGAUAUGUGCAGAAGCAUCACAGCUGCUCUUUGAUUUCUGGAUUGGAGUGGUAAUCAUCUGUUUUAGAUUAUUUCCUUGUUUUAAUACCAAAAAAAUGAUACUGUCUCUGGCUUUAAACAGAUCAUACUUAUCAGCAGUAGAAUGUUAGUGCUCUAUGAAGUAAUGAAACAUAAACAAAGGUGCUCAAUGCAACAAGUACCAA